AUGUCACCUUGGGAAAACAAAGACAACCCUGUGGAUGUGUAUCUCCUGGGCACAAGCAUUCAAACUAAUCAUCAAGAAAUCAAGGACAGGAUCAUCAUUUCCAACAUUAAGACAGUGCCUGAGUAGCAAUGGCUAAACACCAGUGCACACAGGACACAGGACAACUGUGAAAGCCAGGGCACUCACCUGGCAGCGCUGAUCAGUGGGCAAAGUGUCGGCAUUGCCAAGAACAUCAGCCUACACAGUGUGCGUGUGCUCAACUGCCAAGGGAAGGGCACAGUCAGCGGGAUCCUCAUGGGCUUGGAGUUUAUUUGGAGAAAGCUGGUCUCCAAGCCCUCCAAGCGGAUGGUAGUGCUUCUGCCUCUGGUGAGUGGCUACAGUAGGAGCAUCAACAGUGCCUGCAAGAGACUAACAAGGGCUGGGGCAGUGCUGGUGGCCGCGGCGGGCAACGUUCAGAGCAAUGCCUGUGACUAUUCCCCAGCAUCGUCUCCUGAGGUCAUCACUGUAGGAGCUGUGGAUUCCCAGGACCAGCCAUUCACCCAAAGAUCUCUGGGGACCAACUAUGGGUCCUGUGUGGACAUCUUUGCUCCUGGGAAAGGCAUUGUCAGUGCGUCCAAAGACUGUAAUUUUGUUUGCUAUGUAACACAGAGUGGAACUGCACAGGCAGCUGCUCAUGUGGCUGGCAUCGCUGCCCUGAUGCUCACUGCCCAACCAAAUCUCACUGUGGCUGAGGUGAGGCAGAAGCUGAUCCACUACUCUGUCAGCAACGCUAUCAAUGACACCUGGUUCCCUGAGGAAGAGCGAGACAUGACCCCCAACCUGGUGGCCGCUCUGCCCAACACCACCCAGGAAACAGGUGGACAGCUGCUUUGCAGGACUGUGUGGUCAGCACCCUGGAACCACAGGCUGACAAAUGCUGCUGAGGCUCAUUGUGACCCGGAGGAGGAGCUGCUUGGCUGUUCCAGUUUCUCCCAUAGUGGGAAUCGGAAGGGCGAGCGUGUGGGGACGCAAGGUAACAGUCGCAUUUGUCUGGCAUUUGGAGAUAGACAUGUUUCUGCGGUGGCCCGAUGCUGUCUGCUUCCCAGAGCCAACUGCAGCGUCCACACAGCCCCUCCAGACUUGGCGUGGCUGAGGACCUACAAUAAAUGCCCGGAUCCUGACCAUGUCCUCACAGGCUGCAGCUCCCAUUGGGGAAUAGAGAAUCUUGGUGAUGUCUGGAAUACUACACGGAAUCUAGUUCCUAAUCAGCCCAGUCGGUGCACAGGUCACAAGGAGGCCAGUGUGCAUGCUUCCUGCUGCCGUGCUCCAGGCCUGCAGUGCAAGACGAAGAAGUACAGAGCAUUAAGUCCCUGGGAGAAGAUCACCGUGACCUGUGAUUCCGGCUGGACGCUGACCGGCUGCAGUGCCCAUCCUGAGGCCUCAGUCUCCCUGGGAGCCUUCCCAAAGGACAACACGUGUGUGGUGAGGCACCAGGUCACUGACAAUACAGAAAGGAUCCGUAGGGAGUUCGCAGUAGUCAUGGCCAUCUGCUGCCGGAUGCAGCCCUCAGGCCAGCUGUAG